AACCCUAGAAAGAGAGAAGAAGAAGGAGAAGGAGAAGGAUGUCGUGGCAAACGUAUGUUGAUGAUCACUUGAUGUGCGAUGUUGAUGGCCAGAAGCUCACCUCGGCGGCGAUCCUUGGUCAGGACGGCAGCGUCUGGGCUCAGAGUUCCGCUUUCCCUCAGCUCAAGCCUGAGGAAAUCACUGGUAUUAUUAAUGACUUCAAUGAACCUGGCUUUCUGGCCCCUACUGGCUUGUUCCUCGGAUCAACAAAGUACAUGGUAAUUCAAGGAGAACCUGGAGCAGUUAUUCGUGGAAAGAAGGGAUCAGGGGGAGUUACCAUAAAGAAGACCAAUGAAGCCUUGAUCUUUGGUAUCUAUGAUGAGCCCAUGACUCCAGGCCAGUGCAACAUGGUUGUUGAGAGGCUGGGUGAUUAUCUCUAUGAUCAAGGCCUUUAAAAUUAUAAUUCAUCUUAUAGUGUGGCUUUGUUAUUCUGCAUCCUCAUUUGAGCAUGAAUUCAUUCAGUUGCUGCCAUAGUAUUUAUUUCAGACAAUAAUCUUGUGGCUGUGAGUGUUUUUGGGCUAUAUUCCAAUCAGUUUGUUCUUUGUGUGCGUUAA